GACGCUCCUUAAAAAAAAGAAAAGAAAACAACCCGGAAACUCGUUGUCGAUUAAGUUAGCGAGCUAAGCUAUCAACAACGAAUUAUUUUUUAAGUUUUUAUAUUCAUCCCCUAAAUACCUAAAUCCUUCCAACUCUCAGUAAUGUCUGGAUCAUCUAACAUAGUAGCGAUGAAGAAAAUAGUCCAGCAGUUACGUCUGGAAGCGGGUAUAAACAGAGUUAAGGUGUCCCAGGCCGCUGCGGACCUCCAGCAGUUUUGCCUGCAGAACGCCCAGCAAGACCCUCUGCUCACCGGUAUGUCGUCCAGCAGCAACCCGUUCCGACCGCAGAGAGUCUGCUCCUUUUUAUAGCACUAACAGGCCGACCCACCGCCGCGGUUUUGGUCGUUUUAGUACUUUCUGGAACUGGGCUGCAGGAUCCUGCAUCAUGUACUGAUAAUGUCUCAGGAGUGUUAGGGAAUAUGGGCCAAACAACUAACUUAAGUCAUUUUUUAUUUUAAUUUUGACUGUACGAUAUUGGAUACUUUCCUGUGCUUAUGUAGCACAAGCAUUGUUUUAACAUUCUCACACAGAAUUAACCUGCAUCAACACAUGUGCCUUUUUAAAAUGUACAUUUUCAACUGAUUUAAAAGAAUAAAUGCUAUUUCCACAUGUUAA